AUGCAGCCACUUGCAGCCAAAGUCCAGCUCAUCCACAGGACAGCUUUCUCUGUGGAGGACAUCCUGGAUCCCACAAAGUUCACCAGGAGAACAAUCUGUGCAGAGGAUGCAACAGGAGCUUCUCCUCACAGAGAUGCAUCAGGAGAACAGGAGCUGCAUUCCCCGGAUGAGGAGGAGCAAAGUCCGCCGGAGAAGCCCCGGAGGUCUGAGGGUAAGAGCCGACGGAUCCGCACCGCCUUCACCCUGGAGCAGCUGCAGGGGCUCGAGCACAGCUUCUGCAGGUGUCACUACCUGUCGGUGCUGGAGCGGCACCGCGUGGCCUCGGCCCUGCGGCUCUCCGAGACCCAGGUCAAGAUCUGGUUCCAGAACCGGCGCACCAAGUGGAAGAAGGAGCGGCCGCAGGAGGAGGAGGAAGAGCACGGCUUCUCCUCCUCCUCCUCCUCCUCCUCCUUCCUCUCUCCUCUGACCUACAGUCCGCUCUGCUGGCAGCCGCGCGCUCCCCUGCAGAUGUUUGCGCCGCUGCCGCUCGUGCGUUUUCAUCACUUUUACACACGAUGA